CGAGUAAGGAGUGGAUUGGGUGGGGUUUAAGAUAAACGAGGGAAGCUGUUCUCUUCCUUCCAAGCAUAAAAUCAAGGAUUCCUCUCUAAAGUGAUAAAGGAGAGGAACACAGUCCAGUCCUGAAAGCGAGUUUUGUCCGUGUUGUGAAAGGCUGGUGCUUGAUUCUCCUCUACUUGUGUCCUUCAUCCUGUCUUAGUAUGAUAGCUUGACAAACCUACAUACAAGUGCCUCCUGUGCGGUAAAAAUGUCUCUGCUUUGCUCUUCAUCUUGUGUAGCUCCCCCCUUGCCACAGACCAAACAGUCAAGCCCAAGUUUUCUGAAACUCAAAACAGGCACCGUAAUUCUAUGUUCUGCCAUUGGCUACCCUAAUUCCACCACUGGUUUAAGAAAGCACAUCGGCUACUUGUUCACAGGACCGCAUAAGCUUGGUAGGCUAAGAAAGAGUCAGAUACUAGUUAGUCCAGAGUCUUUUACAGAGAACAGCACAAUAGAUAUUGAUUGGGAAGAUCAGGAGGACGUCGAGGAUACUGGUUCACCAUGGGAAGGUUCGGUUAUGUACAGGAGAAAUGCGUCAGUCACACAUGUGGAAUACUGCACCACCUUAGAGAGGCUUGGGUUGGGGAAGUUGUCCACUGAGGUCUCGAAGAAGAGGGCUUCUUCAAUGGGACUUAGAGUGACCAAAGAUGUUAAGGAUUAUCCGGACGGGACACCUGUUCAAGUUUCGGUUGAUGUCAUACGGAAGAAGAAGAAGCUGAGACUCGAUGGGAUUGUCAGGACUGUUAUCACACUUGGCUGCAACAGGUAGCUUUCUUAUGAGUCUUUAUCAAUUGUUGUUAUAUUUUCAUAUGUCAAUUCACUUGUUCAAGUUUUUUUUGAUCAACUGUUGUUAUAUUUUCAUAUGUCAAUUCACUUAAUUUAGACACUGCAUUACCAGUCAAGUUCUAAAAAAAACGGUGAAGAAGCAUUUAUAUUUACAUGUUUGA